CUUUGGUGUCUAGACCGCGGCCGCCGCCGCACGCGCCGCCCAACGUGGUCCUUGCGGCGUCCCUGAGCCGCCCCUGGCCCCUGCCCCUGGGCCCCAGCUGGCCAUGCCGCAGCCCCCGCCGCCCACCGAACUCCUGCCGUCGGAGCGCGCGGUGGUGCUGCUGUCGUGCGCGCUGUCAGCGCUGGGCUCGGGUCUGUUGGUGGCCACGCACGCCCUCUGGCCCGACCUGCGCAGCCGGGCGCGGCGUCUGCUGCUCUUCCUGUCGCUGGCUGACUUGCUCUCGGCCGCCUCCUACUUCUACGGGGUGCUGCAGGACUUCUCGGGACCCUCGUGGGACUGCGUGCUGCAGGGCGCGCUCUCCACCUUCGCCAACACGAGCUCCUUCUUCUGGACAGUGGCCAUCGCCCUCUACCUAUACCUCAGUAUCGUCCAUGCCGCACGGGGGCCCCAGACCGACCGCCUGCUCUGGGCCUUCCAUGCUGUCAGCUGGGGCGUCCCGCUGGCCAUCACAGUGGCCGCUGUCUCCCUGAAGAAGAUUGGCUAUGAUGCCUCCGACGUGUCUGUGGGAUGGUGCUGGAUCGACCUGGAGGCCAAGGACCACGUGCUGUGGAUGCUGCUGACCGGGAAGCUGUGGGAGAUGCUGGCGUACGUCAUGCUGCCCCUGCUGUACCUCCUGGUCAGGAAGCACAUCAACAGAGCGCGGGAGGCGCUCUCGGAGUACCGGCCCAUCCUCUGUGAGGCACACCAGCUCCAGCGCCGCUCCUCCUCCGUGGCUGACACGAAGCUGGUCCUCAUCCCACUCAUCUUCAUCUGCCUCCGGGUCUGGAGCACUGUGCGCUUCGUCCUGACCCUCUGUGGCUCCCCGGCAGUGCGGACCCCAGUGCUGGUCGUUCUGCAUGGUAUCGGCAACACCUUCCAGGGGGGAGCCAACUGCAUCAUGUUCGUCCUCUGCACCCCCGUGGUCCGCACGCGGCUCAUCUCCCUCUGCUGCUGCGACUGCUCACAGCCCCCCACCCAGAGCCCCGCCCGCCGCCCGGGGGCUCCUGUGCCCUCCAAGACCGGAAGCGCUCAGGAACCCAGACAGACCCCGGAGGAGCCUCCCAGCACCUGAGCAUCUGCUGCUCCUCGUACUGUGCCCCUACCCGGGGACAGGCAUCGCCCUUCAUGCCACCGCAGGGGCCGGGUGCAUUUCUGCUGCACUCAAAGCCCCCGGUGAAGCUGUUGACCCUGGUGAGGGACAGCCACCAGCUCAGCCUCUUCUACCUCCCACUCCCUCAGGCAGCGUGUUCACAGGCCUGCGUCCUGGCGCACUUGGGAUUCACCGGGCUGAGCCCAGCAAGAAACUCAGGAGCCAGGGAUGCAGGACCCUGUCAGGUGCCUCUGGGCCAGUGGCCCUCGGCCUUCUGAGGCCAUCUAACACUGUUUACAAUUUGAGGGACCCAGAGAUGUGUCCUCCGCCCAGAGUUGAUUCCUGGUUUGUCAGGUGUUGAGAUUCCCCGAAGAGCCUGGCUUUUCUUGGAUAACACUGCUGGUCAACAGAGGGGCCAGUGCCCUUUAACCAGGUCUCAGGUCCCCUGAGAUCACAUGUGACUACCACAAAUGAGCACAGCCUAGCACAGCCACUCAGGGACAGUCUCCUAGGCGCUUCCUGGCUUCUCUCUUGUUCUGCAGUACUGGGGCUUGAACCUGGGGCCUUGCACAUGCUAGAUAAGCACUCUACCACUGAGCUACCUCCCAGUCCUUUUUAUUUUAUUUUGAGACAAGGUCUCACUAAGUUACCCAGGCUGACUGCAAACUUGUGAUCCUCCAAGUAACCGAGAGUAUAGGCCAGCGCCACGGCAUGGGCCCCGGGUUCCGUCUCUGUGAACUGCCAGCCCUUCAGGGGGAUUGUGUUUAAGUUACAGCACAGGCCAGACCCAGAGCCCUCCUCCUGCUGGUCAGUCACAUAGACCACGUGUCCCCUCCUCCAGUGUAAAGGCAGAGGCAUAUCAGGGACCCCCGAGGAUGGCAUACUCUUUUCCGGUAUUUUCACGUAAUUCCCUCAUUCUUGGGGUGGCUAGAGGUGACGGUGGGGUGGGAGCGGACCUGGCUCGUUCACGUCCUAGCCUGCAUUUUUGUAGGAAAGGUGCCCAGAGAUGGGUGACCCAGAUACUGCUUCCUCCUUGAAGGCGAAGGUUUUAACAUUCAGCCUUAGCUAGGGGCAGAGCUCAGAGGUUGAGCAUCUACUGAGCAUGAACAAGCACCAUGGUUUGGUCCCCAGUACCAAAAAAAAAAAAAAAAAAAUUGAGGGCUUUUGGCGGUUGGUGCAGGGGCAGCAGCCUCGGUGAUUAUUUACAUGUGAAAGAAAAAGGAUUCGCAUGGCAUCUCUUCAUCUCUAGCUCUCUGGUCUACAGCUCUUCCACCAAUACUUCCUCUUAUUUCAGAAAGCAAUUGCUGUAAGUCACCACAACCAAGAACCUCAGGAAACAAUACCUGUGACCUUAGUGGCCUGGCAAGGACGCCCCCAGCUUUACCCUUAGGUGACUCCCUUGGAUCCUGCCAGAAUUCUGCAAGACUGAAAUGAUUUCCAAGCCCAGUAAAAUGGCUCUGGAUCAAAACCAAAACCCAAAUCGAUGCUGUGCUAUCGAUUCGUUUUACUUUCAAAAGCCAAAUGUGUAUCAGGACAGGAGUAGUUAUUUCAAGGAUGGAGUCUAAAAUGCUCAUUUUGGUGUCCUUUGAAAACAGAUUUCUUUAGGAAAAUCAUCAAAAGGUGGGUCGCCCCUUAGGAUUCAAAGCAAGUUCUGGGCUGCCACGUGGGAUGUUCCCUACCUGUCGGCAAUCUCCCGACACUCAGCCACUGCUCCCCUAAAGGGGAAACGGCCUCCCCUAAAAGGGUUACAGAAAUCUGGGCACACAGCAGAUGAAGACCUCUGAGCAUGGAGAAUGGGACAGAAAUUCAGGAAUUUGCUUGCUGCAAACAAGUAAAUGGUUCACAGUCGAGUCAGAGUCCUGGCCCAGAGGAAAGCUAUUAGAAUAAACUGCUCGGCAGGGGGCUCCAGAGCUUUUGCUCCUGGAAGACAGCCCUGUGCCCAGAGGCGAGGACUUGGGUCUCCCCAGCUUGGCUGUGCUCAGGGAAGUCCUGCAGUGGGAGUUGGGGACUCAGAAAACACCUGCUUUAGGUGCUGGGGCUCAUUCAAGUUCUCAUUCCGUUUUUUGGUGCGAUUAUCUGGGUUGUUGUUUGUAAAAACCUCCAAAUAUUUACACCUUGUGUUAUUUCCAUUUCCCUUCCUCUGCUGCCCAUCUGGGCACUGCGGGUGAAUGGUUACCAGGAAUGGCAGCGACCCGGUGGGCAGGGGAGGGGCUUGUCCACAGGCCUUAGCCUGGGCCUCUGGCCCUCCCACCGCACAGAAAGCAUGGCCUCUUGCUUGCAGCCAGGGACUCUCAGUCCAACUGGGUGGGCAGAGUUCAGAAGUAAAGGGAAAUGGGAAGGAAGUCACAUCCCCAAAGUCGAGGAGGGGCUGUUGGCUUCUGAUCCAAGCCAGACAAGGCUGGCUUCGCCCCUGUUCCCCUAUGCUCGGCCCCAGCGAGUCUUUUUCAUCCGUUAGUGUCGUUAAUGUUUAUCUGCCUCAGCCUUAAUGGUCAGCCUGACUGCUCCCAGUUACUGCCCUUCCGGGCGCCUGAAUCUUGGUCUUGUAAUCAGGUUUACCACCACCUCCUGUCUCUGUGCUUCUGAGGGUUGUUUUUUAAGUUAGUGUGUUUGUUCAGUUUUGUGUUUUAAUAAAGAUUCUUCCACGGCCCAGGCUGAAGGUAUGAACAGAACUCUUCACGUGUCUACAACAAGAAAACCUGUUUUUACACACCUCCAAUCGUGGCAUAAGAGAGUGUGAGUCUUUGCACAUGAAACAUUGUAAUACAAACCCCUGACUAUCUAUGAAAACCAAAGUCUUGCUCUUUUAAAUUAAAUAAAUAAAUUAUUUUUCUUCUGCA